AAUAUCUACACGUAAUCGCAGUCUGCGUUGAUUUUGAAUUUAUGUUCUAACAAGUUGUUAUUAGGUCUAGGGUUUCUACAAAACUAGCAUCUUAGGGUUUUUGAUUGGUUAAAUCUCGAGUCUAGUUGCACAGGGUGGUUUGUGAUGUGAGUAUACACAGCCGAAAAAGAUGACUGGUAAAACCGGAGUACAUCUGGAUUGCAGAAAUUCGUCGAAUCCGUACCAUGAAUGUUCUGAAUUUUGCUUCAAGUUUAUUGCUGAGGCCAAGAAAUUGGCUGCUAAAAAUGAACCAGCUGGCUUGAAAGCUGAAACCAGAAGCUCUCAACCGACUUCAAUUAUAACAUCUGUUCAAACUAAGCUCCCAAAUAAUGAAAAAAGUGAACCUGAUGAUCUUCGAAGUGGCGAUGACAACACAACCACUGAGGAUCAACCACAAGUGGACUUCACUAAGUUUACAAGGAAACAAAAGAAGCUAUUUGAGUUGAGGCCGAAGAUGAACGAGGCAAGGAAAGCCAAUCAAAGUGCCAUGGUGGCAGAAAAGAAAAGAAAGGUUGGUCCACAAGAGUCGAGGGGAAUUUCAAAACAGAAGUGGUUGUAUAAGAGGAAGAAGAAGAUCGGGAAACUUCUAGAUGCAAACGGGUUGGAUAUGAAAGAAGCAUAUAUGUUAGAUACGCAGGAGGUGGCAGAAACAGAGUACAAAAAAUGGGAGAAGGAACCUGCUCCAGCUGGUUGGGAUGCAAAUUUCAAAGAGUUGGCCCCUCCAAGUGCAGAAUCAGAACAAAUAAUCAAAGAGAUCUACCGGCUUCCAGAGAGUGAAAGAACUUUCUCCCUGUACUUUGCAAGCUCAAGCCAAAAAUCAAGUUCUAAUAUGUGUGCACCAGCCAAAACCCUUCAAGUCUUUGACCUCGAAGAACUGGACAGCUACUCUGGUCCUGUUCAAGUCAAAGAAGAACGAAGCCCCAAGCCAGCCACCUCAUCUAAACCUGUCAGCUCCAAGGCUACUGCUGUCCCCAAGCCUUCUACCGCCACAAAGCUACGUAGCUCCAGCUCCUGUAAGAGGAAAGAAUCAGAUUCCCCUGCUACUUCUGAGGCCUUCCCAUAUGAGAACCAUGGGUUUCUCGAAUCCAGUAGGUUCAUGACCAGCUUCCUCAACCAGGGUCUUGAACGGUUGAUGCACUUAUACGAGGAUUCUUGCGGGCUGAACAAGAUGCUGGAGGCUAAACUGAAGAAUGCUGAAUCCACCAUUGCAGACCAAGGAGCAAUCGCCGCCGCCAAGUCACAACACUAUGAGGAUAAAUACAAAGCAGUGACUUAGGAAGCCCAGACUGCCAUCAACAAGGCAAACCAAGAAGCUCAACUCAAGCUGAGCACGAACAGGAUAUGAACUCCUACCGAGAGGCCCUCAAGGGAUCCGUCGUAAUUUCUCUCCUUCAAGACAGGCUAAAAAUGGUUUAUGAAGCCAGAGCCAUGGGCUUUGAAUGCCCUUCUUGGAACGUUAAUGCUUGGGAGGCGAAAUUGAAGGAUCUUGGUGGCAAUCCUGUAGAGCUUCCUGCUAAACCCGUGGUUGAAGAGUCUUCCAAAGCGGCUGAAAUGGUGGUCGAUGCUGGUGGUGAUGCUGAGAAUGAUGCUGGGGCUGAUCCUGGAGCAGGUGCUGGCGAUGAAGCGAUGGUUCAAGAGGGUGCUGCCCCUUGAAGGCAACAGAGUGGGCGGUGAUGGAUUUUGAUGCCUAGGCCGGAGCCCACUUUUUAAAUUUGAUAGUUUGUGGUUGUUUCAACAAUUUACAUUUUUGCCUUUUAAACAAUUUUAAUUUCCUGCACUUAGACAAUAUAAUGGCCAAAGGUGGAGGGAUUAUGAGUUUCAGGACGAAGCCCUUGGUUAUCAAUAUUUAGUAUACUUUUUUGAAUAAUUAACAAUUGAGGGUGGAGGGAUCUUGAGUUUCA